GCCCUCCUCUCACUGUGUCCGCGCGGCGUCGCACUCCGGGUAUUUGAACCGCGCUUCCGCCAUCUUUCCAGCGCCUAGUCACUGAGGGGAGCGACACCGAGAGACGUCUCGGGAAGACCCAGCAUGGCCGCCCAAGGAGAGCCCCAAGUGCAGUUUAAGCUUGUCUUGGUUGGCGAUGGUGGUACUGGUAAAACAACAUUUGUAAAACGUCAUUUGACUGGUGAAUUUGAAAAGAAGUAUGUAGCUACACUGGGUGUUGAAGUCCAUCCUCUGGUGUUCCACACUAACAGAGGCCCUAUUAAAUUUAACGUAUGGGACACGGCUGGUCAGGAGAAAUUUGGUGGUCUGCGGGAUGGUUAUUAUAUUCAGGCUCAGUGUGCCAUCAUCAUGUUUGAUGUAACAUCAAGAGUUACAUACAAGAAUGUACCUAACUGGCAUAGAGAUCUGGUACGAGUAUGUGAAAACAUCCCUAUAGUGUUGUGUGGCAACAAAGUGGAUAUUAAGGACAGAAAAGUCAAGGCAAAGUCAAUUGUCUUCCACAGGAAGAAGAAUCUUCAGUACUAUGAUAUCUCAGCUAAGAGUAACUACAACUUUGAGAAGCCCUUCCUCUGGCUUGCCAGGAAGCUAAUUGGAGAUCCCAACUUGGAGUUUGUUGCCAUGCCUGCUCUUGCACCCCCAGAGGUUGUUAUGGACCCAGCAUUGGCAGCACAGUAUGAGCAAGACUUACAGAUUGCUCAGACCACUGCCCUGCCAGAUGAAGAUGAUGACCUGUAAGGGAUGAAGCUGGAGCCCAGCGUCAGAAGUCUAGUUUUAUAGGCAACUGUCCUGUGAUGUCAGUGGUGCAGCGUGUUUGCCACUUUAUUAUCUAGCUGAGCAGAACAUGUGCUUAAUCUUUGGGAUGCUGAGAGAUGAAUGGGCUUCGGAGUGAAUGUGGCAGUUUAAAAAAAAAAAAAAAAUUCCUUCAUAUUUUGGACCUGCAUAUCUAGCUGUUUUUUUGGACUGCAAUUACUUCCCCCUUGAGUUUCAAAUCUAACUAAGACUGCUGCAGUCACAUCACAGUAUUCAGUGGUAAAUCUUGUUUGUUACUGUCAUUCCCAUUCCUUUUUUGUUUAGAUCAUAAUAAAGUUGUAUUUCAAAUAUCUAAACAAGUGAACUUUCAUGCAUUGCUAGGAGUAAUUUAAAUGUCUCCUAUCCUUGAAUAGAUGCUAAUAUAGUAUUGAAUGUUAAUUUGAUUUUUCACACUUGGACUACGUAUGCAACAAGUAGUAAAUUAAAAAGUAAUCUAGUAAGCUCUUACAAGCUGCUCAAAGCCUAUCUGAUUUAAACACUGACUUUUAAAACCUGAAGUGUAACUUAACUAGGGAAAACAAAAGCAGUGAACACCUGAGGGCUUGUCUACAGGUUAAAGUAAUGUGUGCUUGGGGGGGAUUAGUCUGCAUAGACCAUGCUUGUGCACACUAAAAGUUCCCUGGUGUACGCAACAGGGAACUUGAAAUGUGUACAAGUAUGGCUGACAUGGGCCAACUACUGCAUGUGUUAAUAUGCUUUUUAAAAUCACCACCCCCUUGUGCACAUUACUUUACCAUGUAGACAGUCCCUGAAGGAUUGGCAAGUGUAAAUGGAUUGAAACAAGUGUAAAAUGCAGGUCUAAACCUGUUCCUAAUAGCUGGAUUUGAAAUACAGAUACUGCUUGCAGAGAUUCUUUUCUAGGAAUACAGUACCAAGCUCAACCUCCAUGCUGCCUUUUAAAAAAAAAAAAAACAAAAAAAAAACUAAACAAUUGCAAACCAGAACUGAAGAUUGAUCUAUUAAAAUGAACUUUGAAAUUCAGAGGGCUCCAUACUAUAGCAACCAGAAACUAGUCCUCAAUAUACCUGUUUAUAUUAAGUGAUGUACAAAUUAUAGCAGAGCUAGUGUUCUGCUAUAGUUAAGGCUGAGUGUUCCUCAGUGUAUACAGUGAAAUGGGCUCUUUGCUAAGCAUUGUAACUCACUUUCCACUGAAGUUACAAUUAGUUAAAACUUGAGUCAAAUUCCAUGCUUGACUGAACUACAUAAGUCUUUACCAAACCACACUGCAAGUUCUAAAUUUGAAAAUAGCUUAUUGCGGCACAGAUAGUGGAAAAUGUCAACUUUAACACUAAACUUACUGGCACUUAUACACACCAAAAUGGAAGUUUUUAAGGGAAAUAAUUUUCAGUAGUGUUCAAUUAAGUACAUGAAUCCAUCAGUUUUGUAUUUUUGGUUUCUUAAUAAAGUGGAGCAUUUCAUUUAUUCCUCAA